AUGGUAUCCUUCGACGUUGUCUCACUUUUCACGUCCAUCCCACCAGACUUGGCGCGCGAAGUGCUACUCAAACGCCUCGAAGAAAAGUACGACGAAACGACAGGGCCGCUAAAGAUCCAGCACCUAAUGCAGCUCUUUGCGUUCUGCCAACGAACCUUUUUUACCUUCGAUGGCAGAACAUACGAACAAAUCAAAGGAACACCCAUGGGUUCCCCAAUAUCCAGCCUAGUUGCGGAAUUGGUCCUACAAGAGCUGGAAAAGGUUGCUUUCAACCACUACAAACCUGCGUUUUGGCGCCGAUACGUGGACGAUACAUUCGUCAUUAUUGAAAAGGACCAGCUAUCGGGUUUUCAAGACUUGCUUAACAGCAUAUUCCCCGACAUUCAGUUUACAAGAGAAGACGAGGAGGACGAUAAACUACCCUUCCUGGACGUGCUCGUCACGCGCACACCUGACGGUGAACUCAGCACUACAGUGUACAGAAAGGCGACCAAUACAACCCAGGUCCUCAACUACCAUAGCAACCACCCAUUGGUGCACAAACGAGGCUGUGUGAGGGCGCUUUUCGACCGGGUAAAAACGCAUUGUAGCGAGCCCGAAGAAAGGAUGCAAGAACUACGGCACCUCCGGGACCAAUUGGCAAAGAACGGCUACCCAAAUAGUUUUAUCAGUCGCUGCAUACGCACGCACCCACGACGGACAAACGGAAGAGAGACACCAACAAUUUGGCACUCCCUACCGUACAUAAAGAAUGUGUCCGAGGCUACAGAACGCAUUGCGUCAAAGCUAGGCGUGGGCAUCGGUCAUCAUCCGGCGGCCACAAUGCGUAGCAGAAUCAUGAAAAUAAAGGAUCGGCUGGACGCAGGUGAACAAUCGGGCGUGGUCUAUCAAAUUCCGUGCCAAAACUGUCCUUGCCACUACACAGGCCAGACAGGACGACGUCUCAGCUCACGAUUACUUGAGCACAAACGGGCCGUUCGAAGAGGCGACCCACUAUCUCAAGUCGCCACUCACACGCUGGAAGAAGGCCACGAGUUCGACUUCGCCAACACGCGGAUAUUGGCGCGAGCCGGCAACAAGACAGGGCGAGAACUGUUGGAGGCGUGGGUGUCGGACACCAACUCCAUCAACAGGCACAUCGAUUUGCCUGCGUGUUAUCACGCACUCCGCCCACGCAGCCAGGUGGCGCAGCUCACGCCGUCGCAAAGUACAAACGGCCUCACCACGCCGGGGGACCAUCGUGGACCAGGCGGCACAAACCUUACCUAG